CUCCCGGGAGACGUGACAACAAUUUCUGACAUCUGACAGUUACCGCUUGUUUUGAUUGAUUUUUCCGCACAUUUUUGGCACUUUCUUAUCAGUAUUUAAGCAAACACUUCAUUUUUGUGCGAGCUACGUUGCAAAGUAACCUAGAAAUGCGCGAUUUGUGGAUUUUUGCGCUCGUGUGUGUGAGUCUUAGUUCGGGGGCGACACCGGACGAGGAGUCGUGCCAUAGGUUUGGGGCCGGCACGGUGUACCCCCUGGGGGUGGACCCCAAGAAGUCUGAGCAUAAGUUACAGUGGACGCAAGCUGUCAUCUCCAAACCGGCCCCCUUUUGGGAGAGCACGGCUGUGGUCGACGGGGAGUUUGUUCAGUUGAAAUCCACCGAUUUUUUGGGGAAGUAUUUAGUGUUCUUUUUUUACCCCCUUGAUUUUACUUUUGUGUGCCCCACUGAAAUUCUGGCGUUCAGUGACCGGAUCCAAGAAUUUCGCGAUAUUAAUACGGAGGUUGUUGCCUGUUCAGUUGAUUCGCAUUUUACUCAUCUUGCUUGGAUUAACACGCCUAGGAAAGAAGGAGGGCUUGGGAAAGUCAAAAUUCCGCUUUUGUCGGACUUGAAUCAUAGCAUAUCCAAGUCAUAUGGCGUGUUUUUGGAGGAUUUAGGACACACUCUUAGGGGCUUAUUUAUUAUAGACACUAAAGGAGUGCUAAGGCAAAUCACUAUGAAUGAUUUGCCGGUUGGCAGAAGUGUUGAUGAAACUUUAAGACUGGUUCAAGCCUUCCAAUACACCGAUAAACAUGGAGAAGUGUGUCCUGCGGAGUGGAAACCCGGCCAGGAUACAAUAAUACCUAAUCCAAUUGAGAAGAAGAAAUAUUUUGAGAAACACUAAUCAUCACAAAAUCAAAUGCAUCAUCAAAAUAAUACUUUUUUUAUUGACAUCACUUGAUAAAUAAAAAGAACGAAAAAGCGAACCAUAAAUAAAAUUUACAAUACGUAACAAA